ACCCCCCAAAUAGCCGCUACGGCCACGCUGUGCCGAUCCAAAGCCAGGAGCCAGGUGCUUCCUCCUGGUCUCCCAUGCGGGUGCAGGGCCCAAGGACCUGGGCCAUCCUCCACUGCCUUCCCGGGGCACAGCAGAGAGCUAGACUGGAAGAGAAGCAACCGGGACAGAAUGGGGCGCCCCAACCAGGACUAGAACCCAGGGGUGCCGGCCGAGAGAGAGAGAGAGAGAGAGUGCGCUCUGUCUUUCUAAGGCAACUUCAUCUUAGAAGGGUUACCUUUGGCCGGCGCCGCGGCUCACUAGGCUAAUCCUCCACCUUGCGGCACCGGCACACCGGGUUCUAGUCCCGGUCGGGGUGCUGGAUUCUGUCCUGGUUGCCCCUCUUCCAGGCCAGCUCUCUGCUGUGGCCCGGGAGGGCAGUGGAGGAUGGCCCAGGUGCUUGGGCCCUGCACCCCAUGGGAGACCAGGAGAAGCACCUGGCUCCUGCCAUUGGAUCAGCGCGGUGUGCUGGCCAGAGCACGCCGGCCGCGGCGGCCAUUGGAGGGUGAACCAAUGGCAAAAGGAAGACCUUUCUCUCUCUCUCUCUCUCUCUCUCUCACUGUCCACUCUGCCUGUCCAAAAAAAAAAAAAAAAAAAAAAAGGGUUACCUUUGAUCCAAGAUCUCUUUGUGUUCAUCCUGUAUCCUGAUGUGUCUGACACUCCUUUGCUGCACAUUGCCAGCCUUCAUGGGAUGUGACAACUUCUGACCUUUCUUGGGUUGAUGUGAAAUUGCCUAACUCUAACUGAAAAAUUUAAAACCUCCUCUUUUUCUUUGCUCGGAGAAAUUGCUUUUCAUAUCCUAAUUUCAAAAGCCAGUUCUAAAAAGCUCCAGGAAAGAGUCAAAUACAACCCAACUUGAGCAUGACAGCAUUUGGAAUUUGUGGGCUAAUAGAGAAGCUUUGGUAGAAAUUAUUUUUCUUAAUGUUUUCCUUAAUAAAUUCAGCUUUUCUUCACUGAAUGCCAAAGGUAGUAAUCUAAUAAAAAAUGACAUUGGUUAUUGGAAACCAAAGGUGUAAAAUUUCCUUGGAUGACAUCUUCCCCCCAACCAGUUUGAUCCAAAAUUGGAGGAAAUUCUAGGGAUAUAAAUCAAUUCCAAUCUGAUGGUAUUAGCAUCUCUCUAGUUCAUUUAACCUUGCAAGUUGCCCUGAGAAAUAGAUGGAGUUAGCCACAAGAUGGCAGUGUUGCUUAAGAAGCGGGAGGAUACUCGGUAAUGGUCAAAUUGGGGAAUCCUCAAAUACAAUCUGUAACACUAUCCCUGGUUUGACUGUUUUCCAUAAAUUCAAAUAAUUUGAUGGAGGAUGUCUAUACACAAAAUACUAACAGCAUGACAGCAAAUAUGAAGUAUUAAUAAUGGUCACUGUACUUAAUAAAAGGAUUUAAGCAUUUGAUCCUGACUAAGGCUCAGGGGGCAAUUAAUCUCCUAGCCAAAAAAAAAUUAAAAAUAUUCCUAAGCAAUUUAACACAAUCAUCGUGUCGACUCAGAGUUCUUACUGAGAUAUAAUGCAGUUUGUUAAUGUAAAGCCGCCACAAAACACGCCAAACACCGGAGUUAAACCAGAGGAAACCUUUAAGAGAAUGCAAGUCAAGGGCGCUCAGUCCCAUCGCUAAUCUUUAGUGGCCUAAACUAGAAGUCUAUAAUCACAGGCAUGAUCUGAUAGUGGUUUUUUGUGAGGUGGACAAUGUCCUUGAGGAAAGCUACGUCCUCACUUUAAAACUUUCUCUCCCUUUGUUUGGUCUGAAAGGGAGGUUUUACUUGUUUACUGUGCCCAUGGCAAAGUAAAUCUAACUGUGAAAUUAUAAUUUAAGCUCUCUUUUUGGGUAUGCUAUUAUUACAGAAAAUGUUAGCCAUUCCUUUUAUAAGGUCUAAAGGUCAAACUACAUACUGGAGAGUCCUUGAGAGUAGAAUCAAUUUCCUAUCUUGAAGAGAAUAGAGAAAGAGGGAACAAGCCAGGCUUCCCAGAUCGCCUACUGACAAUAACUUAAUAUCAAAUGAAAACUUAGCAAACAGUUUUAACUGUUAAAUAACAACUUAUGAAAACACAUACCAGAAGGUCCAACACAUGCACUUAACACAUACAUGAUAGAACAAUAAAGCAGUUUCAGUAAUAGUUUCUUAAAAUCUUUAACUGUUUUGUUAGAUUACCAAUUGAUUCAAAUUAAUUUUUGCUCUUAGUAACCUCGAUUAACCAACUAAUGGUUCUUUAAAAUAUUGGUAGGUUAAAAGUAGAAAGGUGGGGUUCUAUGUUUCCCUGCCAUUCUCUCCCAACCUUUUCCUUUUCUGCUGCAGGAAAUUCAGACAUUAUGAGCAAGUAUCGUCUAGGACCAAAGUUGGCCCUCUCCUAGUGUACUGCAAAGUGGAGAGUGGAAGGAGCCAGUGUUAGUUCUCGAUGAUGUAGAAACAAAUUUAAAUGAAAGGAAAACAAACUGCUACUGCUGCUGUCAUUCAAAUUGUACGCUGGUGUAACUAAGAAGGUUUAUAUUGUUUGACACAAAUUCUUGUGCAGUUUAAAAAAUAAUAAAAUGUCAUGGAAUGGGGCUAAGUGUGUUGUAAAAUUGGCUUAAUGCAUGGUAACAAUUGAGUUUCCUGGGCUGGAUCUAAUUAUAUAUAUAUAUAUAUAUAUGUAUAUUGCAUAUAAUAUAUAUAUUCCUUAUGUAUAUAUUUAAGGAAGAAAAACUUCCUGCCUAUAUCCAGACCUAGUUGCUAGCAAAUCUAGAGAUUUAGAACUCAAAGGCAGACUUCCUACCUGUUCUGCGUUGUUCCACCUGAUCACUUGAUGAGGAGGAUUUGAGAAUAAAUGACCAGUGCUUCAUUUCCUUCCUCACCUCUGAAGAGUACCAUUUGGUUCUAGCAAGCAAGAGGCUCACACAUUCACACAGCGAGAUAAGCACCAUACCAUAAGCAAAGCACUGUGGCAGUUCAGACUAGGAGUGAGCAGGGUGACUAAUUAUCAGCAGGGUGAAUUAUCAAUAAUCACUUACUAAAUAUCUAGCCACUAACCAACUUAUUUUCCCAACAUAGCCUAAUUCAUUUUUAACUUCAUAUAGAUGCCUAUUUGUUCAUAAGCUUUAAUCUGUUGCCAAAAGGUUGGCAGUUUAUGUUCCUAUUUAACCAGGUUUCCUGGUCAAAACUGUGCAGCCACAUCCUUCUAAUGGACUGAGUGUUCAACAAAACAAGAACGCUCAGUCUUCCCACAGAGGUCCUCCUGCAAAUAUAGAAGACUGCUGUCCAUGGAUACCCCUAAUGAGAUACAGAAGGAAACUUAUUAUCCAAAGACAUUCCACUGAUGCUGGACAGCCAGGACGGUCGGAAGUUUUCUCCGCCUCCUGGAAGUGAAGCCAGGCGUUCUUCUUUCUUCAGCCAUGAGAACAGCUGCCCUCUUCUUCACCAUCCUCUUCUUUAUGAGCCAAGUUCUGCCAGUCAGAGGCAACCUCAAGGAGAUCUGUGAGCGCCCAAAUGGCUCCUGCCGAAGAUACUGCAUCCAAACAGAAAUCCACGUUGGGAGAUGCUUAAAUAACAGACCUUGCUGCUUGCCCCUGGGGAAACAGCCAAGAAUCAAGAGUACAACAACCAAGAAGAAAUGAAGUCAUUGGAUAUUCAUUCUCUCUCUCCCUCCCUCCCACCCUUCCCCUCUCCUUCUCUCCCCUCUCCCUCUUCUCCUUCUUCCUCUUUCCCCCACUUCUCUCUGUAUUUCUGUCUCUAACUUUAUUGCUUCUUUUUUUUUUUUCCCCCAGAGAGAACCUUAAUUCCAUUUCAAGAAAUAAAGCAAAACCAGCAAACACAAAACCCAUUUUAAACACUUCUUUAUUAUCACUUGAUUCCGGUCUGGUUCUCCACACAUUUCAUCCUUCUAUGUGACCUGGAGGAAUGCUUGGCUGAAAUGGACUUUGGGUGGAGCGAGGGAAUUUUACCGUGUUUGUCUGGCACUGCAGUCCUCCAUCUUUCCUCUGGGGAGACGACCCCUAUUCCCUAACCACGGUGUAGUGAAGAGGCACUCCUUCCUUUCUGGCACAAUUGUGGGGUCUCCCGCCCUGUAAAAGGGCAGUGCACAAUCCAAUUUCACAUCAAUCAGACUUCACCAGAAAUCUGUCUCCCUUUUGCCUUUUCUAAGGACUCCGGUAAUCACACUGGGUCCAACCAGGAUAGUCCAAGAUCAUUUCCCUAUUUUAAGUUCAGCUCAUUAGCAGCCUUAAUUCCACCUGCAACCCAAUUCCCCUUUGCCAUAAAAGGUGACCUAUUAAUGGAUUCCCUCAGUGAGAGUAUGGACAGAUUUGGCUGGAGAGGGAGGGGGCGUUAGUCUACCUCCCACAUGCACUGAGUGCUUUUCACACACAUCACUGUUUUGUUUGACUUUGACACAGUUUUAGCUGUUUUGUGUAAAGAGACUUGCAUCAAUAGAGUUCUUUUGUGUGUAAAGUUGUGGACAACAGUGUAGAAAUCAAGGUAUUUAAGGAUAUAAUAACUGGCAUUUGCUGUCCACUAUGCCUGAUAUAGCCAAAUUUGUAGCACAAGAUUUUAUAGCACAAAAUACUAAUUUGUGCUACAUGGAUGACUUGAAAUCUCAGACAGUUCAAAACACUGCAUUCAAAAUCUCAAGAGACUCAGCCACAAUCCAACCCACUCAACUCUUGCUGAAGUGCCAAAUUUUUUCUUGGUGUUAUUCUUCAAGUUAGAGCUCCAACUAAGCUUUAAAUAUAUUUUUGCAAUGCAUAUUAUUUAUUCCUUGAGUUAAGCAUCUGUCUGGAAGAGAAAAAGUUGGACAAUGUAUUAGGUAGUUUUUUAUUAUCAUAACAAAAUACUUGAGGUGAGUUACUUUAUAAAGAGAGGAAUUUUAUUUUUGGCUCACAGUUCUGGAGAUCCAAGGUCCAAACACAAUGGUACAGGCUCUUGUGUGUCACAGCUGGGCAGGAGUGUGUGGAAAACUCUGUCUCUAUGCUUUCUGUCCCUCUCCUUAUAAAGCCACUGUAUUUCAGUUGUGGGGGCCCCACCCUAACGACCUAAUCUAACCUAAUCACUUCCCACUGGCUCCACCUCCAAACAGCAAUACUGGAUUACAUUUCCAACCUCUGAGCAUCAUUAACGUAAGACUCUGGAGAUGAGCUCCUGUAUGAGUUCAAGGGGACAAAUCAUAUUAAAACCACAGCAAACAAGUAUAUGAAAAUUCUCACAGUGAAUUUUAUCCUUGCCUUAUUAUCACGGCCCUUCUUUCUGAGUUCUCGAAGUAAUUUACACACAGUUCCAUUAAGUUUUCCUUUGACUGUCUCUUUAUUUCUUCAGAAUUUUUAUUUUAUUUGAACUAGACCUCUUUAUUUUGCACAAGAAUCGCAUCUCAAAUUACCUAUACCUCAUCAUCACAAGUAUUAACCCAUUAAUCAAUAACUGAUUCAUAAUAUUUGGUGUUAACCUAUAUUUGCUAUUUUCUUCCCACUUUUAUUUAUAUUUUGUCCUUUUCUACUUAAGCACUUGAGAAAACCUUGAAUCAUUGCCUAAUUUGGUAGGGCAGAGGCUAAAGGCAACAUGUAAGCUAUCCUUGGCUUAUAUUCCACAAAACCUAAGCACUCUGGAUAACUUAGUAUAGCACAGAAGAGAUGAAAGAGGAAAUGUCAUUUAAGUAUUUAGAAAAAAAAUUUCAUGGAAGAGGUAGUUAUAAUGAUUGCCCUGUCCCGCAAACCAGAAAUAAAAUCUUUCUUUCCUGGCAUGGAUGAGGAGAGAGAGAAGCUUACAGAUCCUGCAUUAGUGAGACACAGACUCUGCAUCCUGGAGUUACCACCAGCAGAUGUUAAUGCAUGGAAUAUGUCGUCCUAGAGAACUACAAGAAGCCUCAUAAAUGUUGCUAUGUCUCAAGAAUCAUCACAGCUAUUUCUUACAAAGUAAUUGCUAUCCGCCAGACAAUGCAUAAUAUAUACCAAAUAGU